GUGAAUCAAUCGUGUAUGGUGCAAAGAACAAGUUUUUACACAAUUUCUAUUUUCUUUGGUACUAAGCAAUUUCAAAACCAUACAUUUUCAAUACCUUUUUUCACAUUACUAUGUGGCACUAAUGAAAGAAAAAGAGAGGAAAGCUUUCUGCAUGUUCAGAACAUAUAUAUAUACAUAUGUAAACAUGUAUAUAUAUAUAUAUACAUAUAUAUGUAUAUAUGUAUAUACAUAUACAUCACCUCUAUAAGCACCACCGACCAGAAACAUAAUCGCACAAGCUUACCGAAUACGAUGUUAUGUUGGCUUCGCUCGUACUUACGGAUAUUUCCC